AUGUCCCACCCACCCCCACCCCCCAGGUGCAACCCCUUCGACCUGACCAUCAGCAACGCCCACCUGCAGCGCGGCUUCAACAAGAUCUACGACCUGAACCUCGCAGCCGGCCUCAAGCGCAUCUUCUCGGGCCACACCCAGCUCUGGCGCAACGCGCGGCCGCCGCUGCGGCCAGACCUGGUGCCGGCCGCCAAGACCAUCAGAGACUUUGAUGAGGCCAUCACAAUACACAGCUUUGGCUGGCCGUCGGUCGACGAUUACUACGCGGGCUCCAGCAGCGCCCUGCGCAUCCCCAGGGUGACCAUCCCGCUGCUGUGCAUCCAGGCGGCCAACGACCCCAUCGCCCCCGCGGAGGCGAUCCCAUACGACGCCAUACGCGCAAACCCCAACGUUGCCCUCGCGGUCACGCCGACCGGCGGUCACCUCGGAUGGGCGGCAGGCCCUGGGGCGCCGUUUGGGCGGCCGUGGACGGACGGGGCAGUAACGGAGUGGCUUACGAGCGUCAGGAUUGAGCUGCUCAAGCGGCGGGCCGAGGGCGACGGCAACGGCCGCGGCGGCAGCAGCAGCAGCAGUGGCAGCAGCAAGGAAAGCGCGUCCCGCGAGCGGGCGCCUGUGGAGGCGGCGGCGGCGGCGGCGCAGAGCGUGGCUGCUGCGUGCGCUGCAGAGGGGGCGCCGGCUGUUGGCGCCAUGCAGGCGGCUGCUGCAGUGGCCGGCUGGCAGCAGCAGCAGCAGCAGCAGCAGCAGCAGCAGCAGCAGCAGCAGCAGCAGGUGGCAGUGCCCUUGGUGCGGGUGGAAACCGACACAUCCCCUGUAGACAGCGAGAGUGAGAGCGAGCGCGCCGCCACUCGCACCGGCGUGGCAGUGCAGUGGGCCAUCUGA